UGGGUCCAGCAAAGAGGUUGAACGUGAACUUUCAAGAUGCAGAUGGGCUGGCUGCUCUCCAUUAUGCAGGUCUAAAUGGGAGUAUGGAGCUGAUCUCUCUGCUGCUGGAGAAUCAGGCAGCUGUAGACAUCAAAGAUCAGAAAGGUAUGCGUCCCCUGCACUAUGCUGCAUGGCAAGGUAAAACUGAACCAAUGAAGAUGCUGCUGAAGGCGGGGUCAUCUGUCAACAGCCAAUCAGAGGAAGGCCAGAUACCUCUGCACCUUUCAUCACAACAUGGCCACUAUGAUGGGUCCGAGAUGUUGCUGCAGCACCAGUCUAACCCCUGCAUCAGAGAUCACGAUGGGAAAACCCCUCUCGAUCUCGCCUGUGAGUUCGGCAGAGUCGGGGUGGUCCAGCUCCUUCUCAACAGUAACAAUUGUGCUGCCAUGUUGGAACCCAAGACGUCAGACCCCAACGGCACGACACCACUUCACCUGGCAGCCAAGAACGGACACAUCGACAUCAUCAGGCUGCUGAUCGGAGCUGGGAUCGAUAUAAACCUCCAGACGAAGGCUGGCACGGCUCUGCAUGAAGCUGCUCUGUGUGGCAAGACAGAAGCUGUCCGUCUGCUGCUGGAUAGUGGAAUAAGCGCGGGGGUGAGAAACACACUCUGUCAGACUGCGCUGGACAUUGUCAACCAGUUCACCACCACGACUGCUGGCCGCGACAUCAAACAGAUGCUGAGAGAGGCGUCUGCUGCUAUGCAAGUUCGUGCUCUGAAGGAUUACUGCAAUAACUAUGACCUCACCAGUCUCAAUAUAAAGGCAGGAGACAUCAUCACGGUUUUGGAACAGCAUUCAGAUGGACGCUGGAAAGGCUGUAUCCAUGACAACCGGACAGGAAAUGACCGUGUGGGCUACUUCCCCUCAAACAUGGUGGAGGUCAUCAAGAGGGCAGGUUCCCGUGGUCAUGUUGGCAGUCCACAUGGGUCUCCCACUCUCAGUGGCCACCACAGCAGUGCCAGUGAGGAGGUCUGGGUCUUGAGGAAGCCAGGAGGAGCUGGCAGCAUGGGCAGCACGGGCAGUCUGAGCGGGCGCUCCUCCAGCAGUGGGCAGAGUGCCAACGCCAACGCCCACCUGACCAGCAGCCCUCCUGUGCCAACCUCACCGGUGCCCGCGGUGCCACCCGUGUCCUCCGCGCCCGCCUCCCCGACGCUCGGUGGGCAGAGUGCCAACACCAACACACACGGCCUCAACGUGCCCGGGCUGCACGCACAGUCUGAAGGGGUCAAGCUCCUGGCCACAGUGUUGUCACAGUCAGCCAAGGCCAAAGAGCAUCUGCUGGAGCAGUCGCGCUCCGUGGACCAAGGUGCUUCUGCUCUUAGUCAGAGUCCAUCGGAUGCUCCUCCCCCUCGAGAGAGGCAGUUUGUGGAUCCUCUACUGCAGAGGAAAGAGGAGGCGUCCUCCGAGAGCAAGAAUGCAGAGGCUGUUGUUGAUUGGCUUACUGGGUUCCAGCUGCAGUUCUACACCACUAACUUCCUCAAUGCUGGAUAUGACCUGCCUACCAUCAGUCACAUGACACCAGAGGACCUCUCUGCUAUUGGAGUGUCCAAACCAGGCCAUAGGAAGAAGAUCAUCUCUGAGAUCAGCAAGCUGAGUUUCUCUGACUGGAUUCCUGACAAGAAGCCUGCCAGCUUGUCUGAUUGGCUGUCUGCGAUCGGCCUCUGCGAUCACUACCAGACGUUGGUGACGAACGGUUAUGAUAAUAUGGAGUUCAUCAGAGACAUCAGCACGGAAGACCUGAAGGAAAUCGGCAUCACAAAACUAGGACAGCAGAAGAAAAUGAUGCUGGCUGUCAGGCGAUUGGUGGAACCAAAUAAGGAGGCGGGUACCGGAUCUGAACUGAGCCAAUCAGAUGCAAGUCCUGACCAGACGGAACAAAUCAAAUCCCCUCCUCCUCCUGUGGAUGGCGAGGUCAGCACCUCACCACCGUCUCCAAGGUUACGGAGGGCGAACGUCCCUCCCCCCAGUGGAAUCCCGUCACACACACCAGACUCCCCCUCUAACAUGCACACGCGCUCACACACACACACGCCACCGUCAUACACACCACCGUCCCCUGGACACACUGCGUCUCCGCCGAGCCCUGCGCGCGCACACACUCCCGCUCAGACACACACAGCCCACCCGGCCGAGUCGCACGCUGUGCCACGGCUGUGCCUGCCGCCGGAGGGAGGGGACUCAGUGGCCCCCCCUGGUGCCCAGCAGCGGGUGACGCGCAGCAGCUCAGCUCUCGACCAGGCAACCAGUGUCAACCGCAGCCAAUCACAGGGGUUCGCCACCACGCGCCCGCGACGGAAGACCCGCCCCCCAACCCCACCCAAGCGGUCCUGCUCCUCCGUCUCCAAUAGCAACCUGGCGGACGAGGACGCGUGUGUGUCCGGGGAGACGGAGGGGGCGGGGCUGCUCGGCGUGAGCUACAGGGAGCGUCGCCGUAGCGACUGUGGAAUGGUUGCCGUGGAAACAGGCGUUUUGUCGUCGGCCGGAGGGGGGAGUGUGCGAGACAUCGCAGCCAUGCUGGAGAUGACAUCACCGUUAGGGGGAGGAGUCACUGCAGGAGGCAGCAGCUAUCUGCAGCGAGAGGCGGUGACCUCUGACGACCUUCAGGAGCGCAGGCGCACCAUCUGCGGCCCACCAACCGGCCUUGUUGACGCGGCAACGGCACAGGCCACACCCACCAGCCCAGAGCCCCGCCCCCGGUCCACGAUUGGUCACCUAGAAGGAGGCGUGUCCUCCCUCCCCCCCGAGGAGGAGGCGUGGUCACCACGUGUGGAUGCCACGGCAACUGCCUUGAGGAGGCCCUGCCCCCCCUCAAACGACACAAGCACAAUCCGGCGACGCCCCAAACCCCGCCCCAGCACUGAUCGGCAGCCAAUCACAGCACUGCCCAGGGACACGGGGGCCAAUCAGAGCCCUCGGCGGCCCAUGUCUGAGGCCAGUUUAGGGGGCGACUGCAGCCCAGGCUUCAGGUCUCUGCCCCGUACCCCCAAACCCAGCGUCUCCCCAAAGCCUGCGCCCCCGACCCCCGUCAGGAGAGUGCUGCUCACCGGACCUGACAGCCCAGAGGUGAGGAGGGUUCCUCCACCAGUGGCCCCUAAACCGUCCAAGGCCAAGAUCCCCGUUCGUGCAUCACCUACCGGGGGCCAUGGAGACGGCGGUAUCCACGGAGACGGCGGUGUCCAUGGAGAUGGCAGUCCUGCCGCCGCACCUUGUCUGCAGAGAGAUGCCAGCCCCUCCUCCCUGUCCCCUGCCCAGACCCCCAGCCCCCAGACCCCCCACCCUGUCAAACCCCCACGAGCCUCCAUCACGGGACUCUCCGUGGACCUGCCCCACCCGCUGGAGGUGGAGCUGGGGGGCGUGGAGGCCGUGCAGCAGAGGCUUAGGGAGGGUGUGAGGGCGGAGCCUGUUGCCAUGGAGAAGGGUGUGAGGGCGGGGCCUGUCCCGGCCCAGAGGAGGCAGAGCGGUGUGAGCCAGCCGGCUGCAGCGGAGGUAUCGGGGGUAACUCCUCCCAGCCCCGCAGACCCCGCCCCCGAGACAGACCCCGCCCCUGAGACAGACUCCGCCCCCGAGGCAGACCCCGCCCCCGAGGCAGACUCCGCCCCCAAGGCAGACUCCCAGAGGCUGGAGGAGACCAGCUCCAAUCUGGCAGCUGCACUGCAGGCGGCGGAGGAGAACAUCAGACACGACAACAGGAAUUAUGUGGAGGAGAAGGCUUCAGUCAGCAUACUGGAUGACAUCGGCAGCAUGUUCGAUGACCUCGCUGACCAGUUGGAUGCCAUGUUGGACUAAAACUACACUA